GGGGAGGGGAGGUGGGGUUGAAAAUCUGCCGAAUUAAAAUGUACGUUCAUUGUUGACAGCACUUGAGCGCUUGUGGUUUGGCCUGUAAACUUCGAGAUACCGACGGACAUAUCACUCCACUAAAGCUUUGUACGCUUUUGGAGAAAUCCUUUUGUUUUUGAGAAAAAUUCUCCGAAAAUCCCUAAAAUCCUAUUGUUCUAAAAAAUCUGGUACGAUGUUUGGGGUUAGUAAUACACCCUUAUCAGGAUACAAUAUACAAUUUUCACGUUACACAUGGUACGUUACAAGGCAGACAGGACAAAUAGGGUCGUUUAGUUGCUGAAUUGUGCCACCUGCUCGUGGGCCAGGGUCAUGAUCUAAUGCGAAUGGGCAGGUUUGAUAGAAUUAUAUCAGGAAGGCAAAACAAUAACACCUCAACAGGUAGUUUGAUUUGAAAGUUUUUCUUGUGCCAGUGAUCUAUCUCAAACACGUGUUGCACUUAUACCUUUUAAUGAAAAUUAAAGUUUUAGAAUGUAAAAAAAGUUCAUGAAAUUUAUCUAAGAGAUUAAAUGUUCGCUUGAAGGGCAAAAUUUGGAUACAAUCAAACUGAUCAUGGUCAUAAACAUAAUAGUUUGUUUGUUCAGGCUCACCAACUUACCCGACAGCUUUCAAACGGAUUGUUGAUUGCCAGCCGUGUACAAAAAUUGAGAUGCUCUGGGUGUCUGCGGGAAAGUAUGGCUUUCUGUUCCUGGUGGUUAGCACUAUAACAACCAUUGUUGUUUUGGUAAAAGAUAUGACCCGUUUCAAAGACUGCAUGACAGGUGGACCAUAUUAUGGCACCGAAAUCAAACAGUUGCAACCACAACACGGGAAGAAAUGCUUGAAAAAAUAUUACAAAGAUAUACUGCUGGUCAUUGUGUAUCAUUUUCCCAAGUAUGAUAGUAUACCUCAUUUGGAAGGACUUUAUAAAGACGCAUUUCCGAAUAUAGCUAUCUGUGGGCCAAAAAAGGACAGAAGUCACAGUGUCGAUAUCAUUGUUAAAAACCAUGGAGGAUUGCUUGCUUAUAACUGUCUAGGCCGUGCAGUUCAGAUUUAUCCGGGAUAUGAAGGCUAUUUCUAUAUAAACGAUGAUAUGAUAGUAAACUGGUGGAACUUCGGAGAAUUUGAUCGAUCAAAAAUAUGGCAAGGUGCCCUUAUUGAAAAUGGACAUCCUUUACGCGAGGGAUCGGGAGAAAAUAUAACUUACAAGACGAAAUGGGUGUGGUACAACAGCUCCUUCGGAUUGGAGCAGUGCAAUAAAACUCUUAAAGAGAUAUCGACGUUAAAGCCACACAACUGGCAGCCAAAGCAAUUGUACAAAAAUUUGAAAAAUAAUGGUAAUGGUAAAAUAUAUUGCAGCAAAGGCUGGUCAGACUUUUUUUAUAUCCCGCGUGUUCACGCAGAAGCAUUUUCUACCAUUUGUGAUAUGUUUUAUAAAAACAAUGUGUUUCUAGAAAUAGCAGUUACAACAAUGUUACGAUUGCUUGAAUCGCAAGAGAAUACGAUAAAAAUCACUGGACAUUAUUUACCAGACAUAGGACCAUCUGACAGCAAAGCCUUCUGGACCUAUUACCGGACAGACAUAAAAUUCAUGCAUCCAUUCAAAUUUCAUGUUAAGCCUUUUGAGAAGAUGAAUGUCGCGUUGCUCAGAAACUGGGUAAUCAAAUAUAGCAAGCAAUUUUUAGAAUGCUGACAUGGUGACUGUUUUUUAACGGCAAUCGUUUGCUCUGCUACUUUUGUAAAGAAAUAGUCAGCAUAUAGCGCGUGUGAUUGGACAUGAAAGUUAAAGCUAAAGAUGCUUAUCCAGUAAAGAUCUAAUGGGAAAAGUCAAAGCUGCACGAAAAGUUUUACUUUUGCUUUAAAAUAUAGUUGCAUUUGGCAAAGGAAAUUUCACAGCAAACUCUACGUCAUAGGAUUGAAAGAUUUUAAGACAUUCCAAGUUCCAUUGUAAAGAGGAGGCUUGACCAACGGGUAUCAUUUCCUUUCAAAUGACUGUUCAUGAGUUAAAACUGCCAGAUAUCCAGAACGUUCUGAGUCUGGCUAAAACUGCAAUGCAGCUUUUAAGCCAAUAAUACCCUAGAGGCCAUGUUUUGUUUCGAUAAAAAU